AUGCCAUAUGAUAUAGCAGUAAACAUAACCGAUCCACAAUACUUAGGAGAGUAUAAUAGCAAGAAGAAGCACUGCUGUGAUAUUAAAAGCGUGAUAGCACGGGGGAAGUCGCAUGAUAUAAACAUGGUCUUUUUGGGGCUAUCGCUAGCUAGUUCAGUUGAGGUAAUUAGUAUAGCAAAUGAGUACAAUGAAUACUGCGUAAUUGGAGUUCACCCAGGAAGUACAGAAGAGUGUACAAAGGAGGAUAUACAGGCGUUUGUUGAUAUUUUAAGCACUAAAACCAUAGAGAACCAAAGAAAUUUAAUAAGAAAAGAAGUUUCAGACAUAAUAAGCACAGAAGCGCUUUUAAAUAUUGACAGUGUUGUUGGAAUAGGAGAAGUUGGUCUAGAUUACAACAGAACCUACUCAUCUAAAGAGAAACAAAAGAAGGUAUUUAAGGAAAUACUCAAAAAAACAGAAGUAUUCAAUCUGCCAUAUAUUUUCCACUAUAGAGACUGUGAGGAAGACUUUUUUGAGAUCGUGAAUGAUCAUAAUGUAUCAGGUGUUAUACAUUCAUAUACUGGGGGGUUGGAGGAGAUGAGAAGAUUGGUUAGUAAGGGAUUCUAUAUAGGAAUAAAUGGCGCGUCAAUUAGAGAAAAUGAGCAAACAUCAGUGAUUGAGGAAAUACCUCUAGACCGAUUGCUAAUAGAAACAGAUGCACCCUGGUGCACUAUACGAAAAACAUCAAAGUAUUAUGACAGCAUCGGCACAUAUCUCAAAUCUAACAAAAAAUGGAUAGAGAAUGAAGGAGUAAAAGGAAGAAACGAACCAAUUAAUCUAUACCAAGUGAUUGAUGCGGUGUCUCACAUUAAAAAAACACCUAAACAGGAUGUAAUUAGUGUAACAAAUCAGAAUUUCAAAAAAUUAUUCCGAAGAUAAGAAUACUAAGGGCUUCAUGCUCUAUCAUGAGUGCAUCGCCACACAUAAAUUAGAGCUAUUUACUUUUUCAGCAUUUAUGGAAUUCCCAG